GGCCGCCGCCAGGUGGGCGGACCUGCCUCCGGGCAGUUCCAGCUGGGCGCGCGCUGGCGCGCACCGGCCGGGGCUCACGGACGCGGACCUGCCGCGGGGCUUAGACACCUACGAGGAAGGGCCGGUCCGCGCGCGGCCAGCCGACAUGUUGCCUGCGUCGGAGGAAGUGUGCGGGGAGAGCGGGCUUGAGGGGCCAAAAUGGCCUCUGCUCCUUGGGGGUGGAAGAGCAAUUCCGAGCCCCUGUGUCCCAGGUGAAGCGAUAACCACGAGAAGCUACGGCAUCCUCAGGCCGGCCUUGGGGCUGACUGGGCAAACUGCCAACUUGGGAAAUGACCCGGGGCGGGGAAGAGGCAGCCUUCCAGAUUGGCUUAUUUUGGGGGAGCUGCGGGGCAGUGCUCAUCCUGAAGAUCAGGUGAUCAUUGACAUCAGCCAUGUCAUCGAGGCCUUUUGAAAGUCCACCUCCAUAUAGACCUGAUGAAUUCAAACCCAAUCAUUACGCACCAAGCAAUGAUGUCUAUGGUGGAGACAUGCACAUUCGACCCAUGCUCUCUCAGCCGGCGUAUUCUUUCUACCCAGAAGAUGAAAUUCUUCACUUCUACAAAUGGACCUCUCCUCCAGGAGUCAUUCGGAUUCUGUCUAUGCUCGUUAUCGUGAUGUGCAUUGCCAUAUUUGCCUGUGUUGCCUCCACACUUGCCUGGGAUCGAGGCUAUGGAACUGGUGUACUGGGUGGUGGUCUAGGCUACCCUUACAGCAGUGGCUUUGGGAGCUACGGAAGUGGCUAUGCCUAUGGUUAUGGCUAUGGUUAUGGCUAUGGAGGCUACACAGAUCCAAGAGCAGCAAAGGGCUUCCUCCUAGCCAUGGUGGCCUUUUGUUUCAUUGCCGCAUUGGUAGUAUUUGUUACCAGCGUAAUACGAUCUGACAUAUCUAGAACAAGAAGAUACUACUUGACUGUCAUAAUACUGAGCGCUAUCCUGGGCGUCAUGAUGUUUAUUGCCACAAUUGUCUAUAUAAUGGGAGUAAACCCAACUGCCCAGGCUUCUGGGUCUAUGUACAGUGCACAGAUAUAUGCCAUCUGCAACCAGUUUUAUGCAUCUGCAACUACUGGACUUUACAUGGAUCAAUAUUUGUAUCACUACUGUGUGGUGGAUCCCCAAGAGGCAAUUGCGAUUGUACUGGGGUUCAUGGUUAUCGUGGCUUUUGCUUUAAUAAUUUUCUUUGCUGUGAAAACUCGAAGAAAGAUGGACCAGUAUGACAAGUCGAAUAUUUUGUGGGACAAGGAACAUAUUUAUGAUGAACAACCCCCCAAUGUUGAAGAGUGGGUUAAGAACGUGUCUGCAGGCACACAAGACAUGCCUCCCCCCCCUUCUGAAUAUGUGGAGAGAGUGGACAGUCCCAUGGCCUACUCUUCCAAUGGUAAAGUGAAUGACAAGCGGUUGUAUCCAGAGUCUUCCUAUAAAUCAACACCGGUGCCUGAAGUGGUGCGGGAGCUGCCGGUGACCUCAGCUGUGGGUGACCUCAGGCAGCCUCACUACAGCAGCAGCAGGAACUUCGAGAUGCCUUCCAAGAGGGCCCCCACGAAAGGCAGGGCGGGCAAGGCCAAGCGGCCGGAGCAGGACCACUACGAGACAGACUACACAACUGGUGGCGAGUCGUGCGACGAGCUGGAGGAGGACUGGAUCAGGGAAUAUCCACCCAUCACUUCAGAUCAACAAAGACAACUCUACAAGAGAAAUUUUGACACUGGCCUGCAGGAAUACAAGAGCUUACAAGCAGAACUUGAUGAGGUCAAUAAAGAACUCUCUCGUCUGGAUAAAGAAUUGGAUGACUAUAGAGAAGAAAAUGAAGAGUACAUGGCUGCUGCUGAUGAGUACAAUAGACUGAAGCAAGUUAAGGGAUCUGCAGAUUACAAAAAUAAGAGGAAUUAUUGCAAACAGUUGAAGAGCAAAUUGUCACACAUCAAGAAGAUGGUCGGAGAUUAUGAUAGACAGAAAACAUAGAAGGUUUGCCACACGGUUUGAGAGAUUAAGAAGUAUUUGACAUCUCUGCAAUGUUGUCAAGAGGCAAAAUGACUUUGGAUUUUAACCCAGGAGGCCAAAUCUUUGUGAUCAUUACAAAGUUUUGGUAGCUUUAAUUCAUCAGUAUUGAGUAUUGAAGCAUUUUAUAAAUAGCUUUUGAUAAUCAACUGGGCUGAACACUCCAAUUAAGGAUUCUGUGCUUUAAAAUUCAUCUAUUGUAUUAAGGACUGACUGACUACAGGUUGAGGUUUUUAAACCUUGAAGGAACGUCCCACGGUGACCUGUGCUGUGAACUUGCACAGUCUUUUCUUAACACGUAAGUGCGCUCAUUAGUUCCCAUAGGUGAUCUCAUCCAUUCCUCCCAGAACUCUGCCUUCAAAAUUGUUAUUUAUAACCAUUCCUUCUAAGGUAAGGAAACUCUGUCCCUGCAGUGAAGUCUCUGAAGGGAAAGUGCCUGUUAACCGGCUUACAGUUUUUUUUUUCAGUCUGUUUUGUGACUUGAGUCCAUGAAUAAAGUCCCUGGCCUUUUGUAUGUUAGCUAACUAUCGCUAGUGCAUUCUACCAACCUCCCUAUUGAUUUUUUUUUUUUCUGUGUAUCAGUGGUGUUAAAAGAGCUUUUUAUUGUUUUAUGUUAUCCAGAGAAUAAAGAUCAUGUAAAAAUAACAAAUUGUGAAACUUAAAGAUUGUAAAUAUAUAUUCACCUUUUAAGAAUCAAAAUUUAAACCUCCUGGUUAGAAUUCUGUUGUGUAUUCUAAAAUACUUUGUAAUCUUUUAUGGUUUACAUGCAUUUUUUUUUUAAACUAGGCUUUUUCAUUAUAUCAGAGUAUCUGAUGACGUUGCUAAUUCGGUUGUGACUUGAAUUGUAUCUUAAACAAUGUUCAAGUUCUGUAUAUACUUCCUAAGGUAUUAAGCCUGGUGUUGUCUUCUUUCAUAUAGUCGUUUGACAUUAUUAGUGCUAUUAAGUUUGGGGUUUUAUCUGUUAAUGUUUUAAACUAUUUUGGGUGCCAUGCUGGUUACUAAAUUUCCCAGUCUUUUGGCUAUCAGAAGGCUGAUUUGUCCGGAAACAGAGGGCAAUCCCACAAAACAUCAAAUUAUUUCAGAUGGUGCCCAUCACUUUUUUUUAACUUAAACUUUUAUUAGUAAAGUGAAAGUAGCUGAUAGUGGGCAUAUAGCUAGCCCAGUUGAUUGUGAUUGUCCCCUCAGUUUAGAACUGUUUUUGUAAAAUUUUUGAAGAAUAAUCUUUAAAUAAUCAUUAGUAUACAAUUCAGACAAGUGUGUAAUUCUUUAUAUACAAGUCUGAAUCAUUUUCCAAAGAUACAUCUUAAAAUAAUGUUUCUAUUAUAACAUGGAUUCAUUUCUUCAAAUUGAAGAAAUUCUUAAUUUUCCAUGUGCUGUACAUAUUACAAAAGGUAAGAGUUUAUAGUUUUCAUACCUUUUGGUUUCACACCGAAUGGUAAAGACUCUCUUGAGCAACUUAACUCAUUUUUAUGUAUGCUAAAAUUUAAAUUUCUUUGUUCUUGGAAGUCAGUGUACUUAUAUUAUGAAGAUGGCAAGGAUGCCAGGAUUCUGACAAAACUAUACAGCUCAACGGACAAAAUCAAAUAGCAUGAAUUUCCAUUGUAAAAUUGUGUCAGAAAAUUGGACUUAGAAAUAAAAUACAAGAAAAUAAUUUCUCAAAUGUGGUGCUUAAAGACCACUUGGAAUCAACCAGCUGGAUGUAACUAAACAACCACUUAGGCCGAUUUCUAGUUUGGACAACAAGAUGUUUAGAUUAGUUGUUGGAGGUCUCGUGCAUCUCUGACCUGAGGUUCUUAACGUCUGCAGUCUGCCUUCUAUUUUAAACGAUUGUUCCAGAAAUUCUGUUGUGAAAGCAUGUGGUCCUGCUGAUAAAGGUUAACUGCACACAGGGAUGCCUUUACAUAGAUGCUUCUGUAUUCAAAGUAGAUAAGAUCAAUAUUUUAAUUUCUCUUUAUUUUGAAAAAUUUAAAGAAAAAUAGAAAACUAUAGACAUAUCCAUCUGCCAGAAAGAACAGGUCUUAGUUUUGUCAUAUAUGCCUUGUAUUUUUUGAAAUAAAUUGAGGCCUGUUGGUAUUUAUAGUAAAAGUUACAUUGUAUACACACAUACAUGAAAUUAUCAUUUAAUCCUUAUAACAUUCCAUUGACAUGUAAUCAUUUCUCAUUCUCAUUUAAUAGGUAAGAAAACUGAUGAUGUGGUAGAUUAACUGGUCCACUGUCAGACAGUAGCAAGUGUUUAAAUAGGAUUGGAAUCUUGGUCUGUUGGAAUAUUAGGUUCUGGACUCCCAUUCUAUCUAGGUUGACUGUCACUAAAUUCAUGGGUAAGAUGGGAUUACUCUGGUGUUAAUACAAUAUAUUUUUAGUGCAUUUUAAGUACUUUUAAUUGACAUAAAAUGCUUCGUUUGAAAUAUUGGAAGUAUCUGUAAAGACCUGAAUGGGUGUGCAUGUGUAAAGAAGGGAAUGAGCAGGAGAAGAGUUCUCCAGUCAUGGCUCUGGGGACUUUCAGUUGAGGCUGUAAGAGUUCCUCACCCAGAGACAUGCUUCCUCCUUCAUCACUGUGAUAGAAGUAUCUCCUCUGGACAUCUCUGAAAGCUCAGCUGGAGUAAUCAGGAUUCAGACCCCGUCUCCUGGCAGCUUGUGGUUCUGCAUUAACUGUGUAACUUCUGUGGAAGGACAAAUGACUUAGAUGGACAGCUGUGUCAUCCCUCCUCCUGCGUUUUAUACUGUUCACAUGUCUUUUAAUGGGAAGUUUUCAC